GCCAACAGACAGAGGAGCAGGAUCGGUAUGAGCAUAUUUAACAUCCGUAGCCAAUUGAAGAGUCGAACUUGGCCUGGAAUGCGCGUGCGUAUGUCAAGUUGCCAAGCAAAAUGAUUGACAGGUGCUUCCGGGACCUGCACGUUCCAUCUAGUUAAGUGGACGGUAGCGCACCUGCGUGUCUGUGAGAGGGAAUUAGAUGUUUACUCAUACAACAAAACCACAAUUAGUGUUUUUUUUCUCCAAGAAAUUCUGUUAUUUUCAAUUGUUGUGAGGUUAGUUUAAAGUACGAGGUCAGCUGCUUACAGCAAAGCUUUUUGAAAAAACGGUCCUGAACAAAAUCCUUCCUUCAGAUUUGUUGAUGGGGGAAAUCCUUGAUGGUAAUUCCUGGCCCAAUGACGCAGGUGGCGAUACAAGGCCCUCAGUCUCGCAGGGGAGUAAAGAUGAGGAAGAACUACAGAAGUAUAUAAAUGAGACACAACAGGAAUUUGUCGAUCAAUUAGAAGUGCCAAUGGGAUUGGAAACUAUAAGUGACUGUCCUGAAAAUUCUGAGCAACAAGUAGAAGGGACUCCUCUGAACAUACCAAGUUUGGCAGAUUGCAACACCUCAAACUCUGCGAGAGUGGAACAAGAGGAAAAGGCAGAAUCUCUGAAGGACACCAAGGGAAAGCAAAGAAAACUUGCUUCCAUUGUAAUGGAAUUAAUAGGAACAGAAUCGUACCCUGCUAGAAUUGCUCCUGCAACCAGCUUGUGGACCACAGAGAAGAGCAGUGCAGUCAAGAUCCGAAUGGAGGAGUCUGGUCGAGGGGCAGAUUCGCCUCUGACUGUUGGCCAGAUGUUCAAGCUGACAGUUAGAAAUUUUGGUCACCAUGACGCUUUGGCUUUCAAAUUGGAAGAUCAUUGGGAAAAAAUCACCUAUAAACAAUAUUACAGUCUAUGCAGGAAAGCUGCUAAAAGCUUUCUUAAGCUUGGACUGCAACGUUUCCAUGGAGUUGGCAUCCUAGGAUUCAACUCUCCAGAGUGGUUCAUUGCAAACGUUGGAGCAAUUCUGGCAGGUGGCUUGUCUGUUGGGAUUUAUACAACAAGUUCUCCAGAAGCAUGCAUGUAUGUGAUCCAGAACAGCAAGGCUAAUGUUGUGUUGGUGGAGAAUGAUAAACAACUGCAGAAAAUUUUGGAGGUUAGACAUGAGUUGCCUCACCUCAAAGCAAUUGUUCAGUACAAAAAUGAGUUGGAAGAACAGUAUCCAGGCCUUUAUACUUGGAAACAAUUCAUGGAACUUGGGAGUAGUAUCAGUGAAACAGAGCUGGCUGAAGUUAUUAACACUCAGAGGGCUAAUCAAUGUUGCACAUUAAUCUACACGUCUGGAACUACAGGGACACCAAAAGGAGCAAUGCUUAGCCACGACAAUGUAACUUGGACUGCCUACACAGCAGGGAAGACGGUGGGGGUUUCUUCUGAAAUUCAGGAAAGAGGUGUCAGUUUCCUUCCAAUGAGUCACAUUGCAGCACAGAUGAUGGAUAUGUGGAUUCCAUUGAGGUUUGGAUCCACAACCUACUUUGCACAGCCAGAUGCACUCAAGAAUUCUUUAGUGGAAACUUUGAAAGAGGUACAUCCCACUGCCUUUUUAGGAGUACCACGUGUUUGGGAGAAAAUGGAGGAAAGGUUAAAAGAAAUUGGUGCUAAAUCAUCAGCUCUGAAACGAAAGAUAGUUGCCUGGGCAAAGGAUAAAGGCCUACAAGCAAGUUAUAAUGUUAUGAAUGGAAUUAAUUCAGUACCUUGGGGUUACACCCUGGCGAAUAAACUGUUGUUUCAGAAAGUUCAUAAUGCCCUGGGCCUGGACCAGUGUACGAAGUGCUUGACAGGAGCUGCACCCAUCACUAAAGAUACACUGGAGUUCUUCAUGAGUCUCCAUGUCCCAAUUUAUGAACUGUAUGGAAUGAGUGAGAGUACUGGUCCACACACAAUCUCUUCUGCAGGAUCGUUUCGAAUUACAAGCUCUGGAAAGGAGAUGGAUGGCUGCAAGACUAAAAUUGCCGAUCCAAAUGAAGAAGGUGUUGGAGAAAUAUGUUUCUGGGGAAGACAUGUCUUCAUGGGAUACUUGAAUAUGGAGGAGCAGACCAAAGAAACUGUGGAUGAAGAGGGCUGGAUGCAUACUGGAGACUUGGGAAAAUUCGAUGAAGAUGGAUUCCUGUAUAUUACAGGCAGAAUAAAAGAGUUGAUAAUCACUGCUGGAGGAGAGAAUAUAGCUCCUGUCCCCAUUGAGGAGGCUGUUAAAAGCAGACUACCACUGAUUAGUAAUGCCAUGUUAAUUGGUGAUAAAAGGAAAUUCCUCUCCAUGCUUCUCACUUUGAAGUGUAAUGUAGAUAAUGAAACAGGAGCCCCACUGGACGAGUUGGCUCCAGCAACUAUUGAUUUCUGCCGCAAACAUGGGUGUGCAGUUACCCGUAUGAGUGAAUUUGUGGAGAAACAAGAUCCUAUGAUUGAAAAAGCUAUCCAGGAUGCUAUUGAUGCAGUGAAUAAAAAAGCCACAUCAAAUGCUCAGAAAAUCCAGAAGUGGAUAAUUUUGGCAAGAGACUUCUCAGGUUUUGGAGGAGAAUUGGGUCCAACACUGAAAGUGAAAAGGGGUGUUGUGGCGAGAAUGUACAAAGAAGAGAUUGAUGCUUUUUAUAUUAACUCAGGAUUUUCUGCUGGUGAUUAGAGUAUAAAAAAAAUCCUGCUGUUUAAAAAUAUUAAAGUCCGGCAGGUCGUGUAACAUUAAAUUCAAGUAUAAAGUUUUCUAUCUUCAAGAAAUUGUGAUUAAUUCCACUGUUUAUAUAAUAAUCUUACUUGGGUAUAUGAUGUAAUUUGAUAAUGGUUUAUUGUAAUUUUGUAUUUGUUUUGUUUAUAAUCAAUUGCUUCCUGCUUUUAAUGAGAAUAAAACUGACUUGCUAAAUUUAAAUGAUGUAAACAGUGCAAUCUGUAUGUACUGUAAACAGUGCAAUCUGUAUGUACUGAAAACAGUUCUGUUUGGCAGUAUAGGUACUUGACAUGAAAAACUCUAUUAAGAAUCUUUAAAUCAAACAACCUAGAAUAGUCAAUACAAAUAUCUUCAUUUUGGCUUAUAAUUGAAUGAAUACUCUGUCACUCCAGAUAUCCUAAGCAUUUAUCACUGGGGUAUUUGGAAGUGAAUCUUGAAACUGCUGAUUCGAGCAAUGGGACAAACUUAUUGAUUUGGGCACAUCAUUGAUUCAGCUAGCUGAAGUUUGUGGUAAAAAUGGAAAAUAUUAGAAAUAGGUAGCAAGGCACUCAAGUCAGUCAUACAGCAGGGAUACAGGCCAUUCAGCCCACCACUUUUAUGCUGAUUAGUGUGUAAUCAUAUUUAUUAAUCCCAUCCUCCAGCAUUUGACCCAUAGCCUUCUAUACCUAGGUGAUUUCAGUGCGUGUCUAGAGUCCUCUUAAGUGCUGUCAGGGACUCUGUUUCCACCACUCUCUCAGGUCAUGCAUUCUGGGUACUUGCCACUCUCUGGGUGAAAAAGGACCCCCCCCCCCCCCCCCCCCCCCGGCCCUCCUCAGAAUCUAUUAUCCUUACUUUUAUUCUCUUCUGAUAAGGAGAAAAGUUUCCUCGUAUGUACCAAUCAUGUCCUUUCUUAACAUGCUCUGCUCCAAGGAGAACACACCCAGCCUCUCCAGUCUCUCCUCAUAAUUGAAAUGCUCUAUCCCAGACAACAACCGGGUGAAUCUCCUCUGCACCCUCUCCAGUGCUUUUGCAUCUUUCCUAUAGUGUGGUGAGCAGAUCAAGCCCAGUAGCCCAUAUGCUUUCUGAACCAUGUUAUCUAUGCCAAUGUCCCUCUCUUCCUCAAUACACCCUAGGAUCUUACCAUUUAUGGUGCAUGCCUUAGCCUGAUUAGUACUCCCAAAAUGCAUCAUCUGACAUUUAUCAGGACUAGAUUCCAUCUGCCGUUCUCAGCCCAUUUCACCAAUACAUUAAUAUUGCCCUGUAUCUUAAGACCACCCUUCACAGUCAACAAUCUUCAUGUCAUCUGUGAACUUACUGAUCAUUCCUCCUACAUCCACAUCAUUCAUGUAGUAACAUUACUAGUCAUAGGCAUCCAACCGCAAAAAGAGCCCUUUACCAUCACCUUCUGUCUCUAGUGCCAGAUUUGGAUCCAAUUUGCCCAGGAUCCCAUGGGCCCAACCUUUUGAACCAGUCUCCCAUGUGGGAUCUUGUCAAAGGCCUUGCUGAAGUCCAUGUAAACCGCAUCUUCUGUUCCACCCUCACCAAUACUGUGCAGCCUCCUAAAAGAGUUGAAUCAGAUUGGUCUGACCAGAGCUGCCCUUGACAAAUCCAUGCCGGCUAUCUCUGAUCAGUCCCUGCAUUUCCAAGUGAUCAUUAAUUCUGUCCCUCAGAAAUUUUUCCAAUGACUUUCACAGGUCUGUAAAUCCCAGGCUGUUCCCCGAUGCCCUUCUUGAAAAGGGGGACCAUGUUUUGCUUCAAGUCAUUAAGCAGAAGAAAUUGUUUUUGGGCUGCAGUAGUGUGCAAUAAUAUUUGUUCUAAAGUUUGAGUCACUGCCUACUUCUGAACAGAGACUUCUGUGUAUUUCAUAAUUACACUACUUGGAUUUGGCAGAUUCAACAUGGAGCAACAUUGCCUGAGCUCAGAAAGGCUCUGGCACAAGGAGUUAUGCUGUAGUAGGCAUGGGAUUUGAAGUUUCUACAUAGUCAAAUGGGACAUUCUGGCAAUUUUAUUUUUGCAAAACAACUGUGCACAUCUGUUACUAAUCUGUCUGGAAGCCAGCAGAAUUCAGUGGACGUGAUGAAUCUCGCAAUGAAAGGCUGCUGAAGAACAUGGAACACUACAGCUGAGUUCAGGCCCUUCAGCCCACAAUGUUGUCCUGACAUUUUAUCCUGCUCUAAUAUCUAUCUAACCCUUCCCUCCCACUUCUCUAUCAUUCAUGUGGCUAUCUAAGAGUCUCUUAAAUGUCCCUAAUGUAAUCUGCCCCCAUAACCUCUGCUGGCAUUGCGUCCCAUGCACCCACCUCUCUCUGUGUAGGAAAAACUUACCCCUGACAUCCCCUUUAUAUCUUCCUCCAAUCACCUUAAAAUUAUGCCCCCUUGUGUUAGCCAUUGUCGCCCUGGGAAAAGGUCUCUGACUGUCCACUGGAUCUACGCCUCUUAUCAGGCUGCCUCAUUGCUGUAGCUGGCCAACAUGGAUCAGCAGGACACAAUGCAGUUGGAGUGUCCUGCCCAAAAGAGUGCUUGAAGAACUUUGGCUUUCAAAAAAAACCCAGAAUAACAGAUGUGAUAAAUACUAUUCUACCCUCAGUUCAGAACUCCAACAGUACCCUGUCGUUAGUUAUAGUGAGCUUGGUCCUGGAGUCCAUGCACUUGCAGAUCCCUACUCCCUGUACUGUAAAAAAGACAUAUGCUGCUGUGACAGUGAUCCCAUUGUCCCGUGCCUUGGUGUGGGGUGAGCUACUGCGGCAAUGGUCAGAAGCUGCCUGAGAGGGAGUCUGGCAUGAGUGUGGGUCACUGCUCAGGAUCAGCAGUGGCUGCUCCAUGUUUUGACAGAUCAUCCAGCUGCUGUGAUCUCUCAACAUCUCCUACUGUCUGCCUAACAUCAGCAUUCACAGGAAGCCUCUGUCAAUUGCAAUGGUGGCUCACUAAACACCGAGCCAUGUGGCAAUGAGAUCGCUUUAACCAUUUCCCUGCUGCAGGAGCACCAGAAGAGUGAGCCCUCAACCAAGUUCCCAGCAUAGCAGCAGGGAGGGCGAGGGUUCACAUCAGGUUCCCAGCCCAACAAUGAUUAACUAAAUCUCUCUCAUGAUAAAAUGACCCUUCUUGGUGCCACUUCCAGUAGCAAUCUUGUUCCUGGGAAUGCAUCACAAACACCAAGUAACGUAUCAAGUAAAAAUUCACCCUUAUACUACAUCCUCCAUUCAGCUGCGAAUUACAUUUUUGAUUUGUACUUAUCAUUUUUGUAAAUUACAAUUCUGGGUUGAUGGAAUAAAGCUGUAAUUUGCAUGUUAUUCUUGUACAUAAUUGCUGUUAGAAGGUGGUAAUCUGAACAGUUCAUAAUCAUAACAU